AUGCUUCCGUUUUCACAGGGCCCUCUUGGAUUCAACUCAUGCAACGAACGAGGAAGGCGCCGGAAUGCACGUCGUGAACGAUAUGACGCAUCUGUGCGGGCACCAGCGUCUACGAUAUUUUUCUCGAAGCCUUCGAUGCCGAACACAGGCUUUUCGAUUGACACAGCUUCCGCAAGUCCAGUGAUCACUCGGGGUGCAGGGAAGUUGCAUGAGUCGGACUCCCUCCCCGGACUGCAAGAAGAAGCAUUGGAAUGCUUCCGUCUGUACGACAGAGACGGAGAUGGAUUGGUCCCUGUUACUGACGUUGCUUCGAUGCUGCGGAGCUUGGGUUUUGUUGUGCGGGUUGAGCAAAUCAGAGCUUUUGAAGCAGAAAUGCGUCGCCGGAAGACGACGAAUGUAAGCUUCGAAACCUUUUCGUCGCUCGUAACUACAGGGCUUCCAAGAGCGGUAGAUCCCGCGGAUGUCCUCGAUGCAUUCCACCUGCUGGAUCGGGAAAAGAAGGGGAGUGUCAACGUCGAAGAGCUGCACCACCUGUUGACGACUAUAGGCGACCCCCUGACGGAGGCGGACUGGCAGAAAUUACUUAAUAGAACUUUGAUGACGCGCGACAGUGUUACACCUGCUUCUCUGAAAAGCGGGACAUUUCUAAGGUUAAUCUGCGCACCGGCUGAUGGAGAUAACUAG